ACGGGCUUGUUCACGUGAAGGAAGAAGAAGAAUUGCUUAUCCCCGAUAAUGAUGGACUGGUUCAGGUGAAGAAAGAAGAUCAGUUUAUCUCCGAUGAUGGUGGUUGUAACCUGUGAAAUGUACCAUUGGUCAAAAUGACAAAGUUUGUGCUUAAUCCAAUUAGUUUUCCGAUAUUCCUUCCUCUCAGCAAUGCUAUCUCCACUUAUUUCAGGAGUGAUCCUUGGUGGUGGAAAGCUCCCACAACAGAUCAAAAAUGAAGACUUCACAAGGACUGUAAUAGUAUGUAGAACUAAACUCAAUUUAAUGCCAAUUUCCAACCACGGGAGAAGAGCUAGCAAUGAGAAGCAAUGUCCAGUGUUUCAACGUGAAAGAAUCAGAUGCAUAAGACUUCUAUGUAAGCCCGGAGUUUUAUACUUCCCAGUUUGCAUUGACUGUAAACCAGUUUACAUUUGUAUGUACUGAAACAAAUGAUGAAUCUCAGGCUCAAUUGACAUCUUCUUC